AUGCCUCGCCCGGGCAGGAACACGUACAGCGACCAGAAGCCCCCCUACUCCUACAUCUCUCUGACGGCCAUGGCCAUCCAGAGCUGCCCGGAGAAGAUGCUCCCGCUCAGCGACAUCUACAAGUUCAUCAUGGACCGGUUCCCGUACUACCGGGAGAACACGCAGCGCUGGCAGAACUCGCUCCGACACAACCUGUCCUUCAACGACUGCUUCAUCAAGAUCCCCCGGAGACCGGACCAGCCGGGCAAGGGCUCCUACUGGGCCCUGCACCCGAGCUGCGGGGACAUGUUCGAGAACGGCAGCUUCCUGCGGCGGAGGAAGCGCUUCAAGGUGGGCAGCAUGCUGGCCCUGGACCCGCUGGUUCCCAGUAAGAACCAGCAGCAGGAGGUCCAGUACCUGUCCCAGCAGGGGGCCAAGCUGCGGCUCGGGGCGCUGCACCGGGCCGGACACCUGCCCUCCCUCCCGGGCGGGUACAGCCUGGGCUCCGGGUCCCAGCCCUCCAGCUUCAAGCACCCGUUCGCCAUCGAGAACAUCAUCUCCAGGGAGUGGAAGAUGCCGGGCGGCCUGGGGGUCCUGGGGGGCUUCCCGCCCGCCGGGUACCCGCUGCACGGCCCGCUGACCCCGGCCUGGGGGCACGUGUACGGCUCCGGGAUGAUGGACAGCUCGCCCCCCCUCUCCAUGGCCGGCGACUACUCCGCCUACGGGAUGCCGCUCAAAGGGCUCUGCCACGCGGGCCAGACUCUGCCCGCCGUCCCGGUGCCCAUCAAGCCCGGGAUGGCCUCGCACAUCCCGGCCUUCCUCGCGGCCUCGCCCCGGUCCCUGAGCCCCGGGUCCCCGCUCACCGAGCCCGGGGAGGCGCUGCCCUCCUCGGCCUCGCUGCAGGCCGUGGUGGCGGUGCACUGA